AUGCCCUCACAUUACAACUGCUCGGGACCGCAACAUUUUAUAUCUAUUGACACCGACAUCACUGGUUAUAGGGUCAUUGCAAACUAUGUUGCAACGGCAGGGAUUGCAGUGCUGCUCAUUAUCAUAUACUUCUUCGUGGGUUAUGAGCCAGCUCUGGACCCUUUCAGGAAGACAGACCAAGAUACUUUGAAUCAGUCAUUUCGUCCCAACCCAAUAGAUGAAAUUAUUUUGCGGACCGUACGGUAUAUACCCAAGCGGUUGAUGGGGGCUCGGAAGGUCCAUAUCAAUGCUCGAGUUGAGAAAGCCUUUAUUAAGUGCAUCCUUGAAAUGAGUGACAUCCAAAUUAUAACUGGACUCUCGAUACUCAUAAGUGGAUAUGUGCAGCUCCACCAGGGCAUUUCAUCCUUCCACUGGAUAGUUAUCGUCGACCUGGCCUGGUUUUCUAGUCUUACUCAUUUGGCUUGCCUAACGCUUCUCCGAAACUAUCUGUACAACCACUCGCUUCAGCGCACGUGGCGACUGGUUUCUAUGGCUGUUCUUGUCAUAUUCCUGACUAUAGCGCUCUCGUUCACAGGCGACUAUUAUUGGACUUCGUUCAAAAUAUUGCCAGAUACAACCUAUUUUGUGAGGAAUGAUAUGAUUGAUCCCGCGAUGUGCCAUUUGAGCUUUAGUCCAAGCUCAAUGAUGGCAUACUGCGGAAUGAUAAUCUCGAUACUGCUGAUUAUAUUGGGUUUUGUGACCCGUAUAAUCAAACUGUAUAAGACUAUCUCCAUCGACGGCUGGGGGAAAGCUAGAGCUAGGAUUAGCAUGCAAGCGCGCCAUUUGUUAAGCUUUGCUUUCACUUGGUGUUGCUCAAGUGGUUCCCGCAAUAGCCUGAAACGUACCCUUCUGUACCGUCCUUUGCUGACGACAUUUCUCGUGGCGCGUCUAUUUCUAGAUGGGUGGUCUUCGAUGUUUCUAGAAGUGUGCUGGCUAAUAGCUGGAUUUUUUUGGGGUACAAUCCGUCUAUUCGGAGUACUGCUCAUUAUUCAAACUCCCGUGUAUCAGGAUGAUGGGUCAUUGGGACCGCUGAUACAGGACUCCGAUGAGAGAGAUAGCGACUGGGGCUUUGGACAGGUUGUGGCUCUCGUUUUACUGUUUGCACCUUUGAUCACGGUCAUUAAAUACUUCUUCACUUACGACGAUAAGCAAUCUACUGGCGUAGUCAUGAGCUGCAGUGAUCAUACUAUUUACGGAACAUCCUAUCUUAGGUCCCAAUCAACUAGCCUAACUGCUUCUCCUUUCGAGCAUCAAACAUCUAGGAGGCCAGAUGAUCCCAACAGCAAGUGGGAUGAUCAUUCCCAAACUCUGGGUGGAGCCAUACUUUAUUUCAUUCUCGUGUGCAUUGCUAUUUUAAUCCUCAUCUGCAUAACCAACGACACAGCCAAUCUUCUAGACAACUUGAUAUUAUAUUGUCCACCUGCCGUCAUUGGAUUGAUUGGAGUUUGGGAGGUUGUUCUUUUUUCAUUGGCAAUUGAAUUAGAUCUGUCCGAUAUGCCUUUGUGGUUUCAAAGGCUCCUACAAAUGGUCAACAUUCUAUUUUUCAUAUUGAGUGCGUUCUUCUCCGAUUUGAAACCAACACCGCAUGUGCAUUUUCCAUUUGCUUGGAUUGGAACUUACUCGUUUUUGUUAUCUGGUGUUGCGUUUUAUGUCUUGUGGGCUGUUUUAUAUCGGAUUCUGGGAUCAACCUCUUGA